AUGUCCUCCCGUCAAGGCGGCAAGCAGAAGCCUCUCAAGGCUCCCAAGAAGGAGCGCCUGGAUGACGACGAGGCGGACAUUGCUUUUAAACAAAGGAUGCGUGAACAGCAGAGGGCCGAGAAGGAGGCCAUCGCUAAGCUUAAGGGCGGCAGGAAGUAA